UUUUCUUACAUAAUUCAUCCUAUCCAUCAUCUUCAAUUUAAUAUUUUUUUCCUCUCGGGAUAUACGGCUAGAAACUAUGUCCCAAGACGGUCACAUAAUUGUUUAUCAGAAUCAGCCACCUUCCUUGGAGGGACAGCAGGGCGAGCAAGAGGUUCACCAGUCACCUCAGGGCGACCAUGGACAUCAUGGGCAUUGUGGACAUGUAGGCCAACAUGGGCAUGGCUAUCGUCAUGGAGGCAGACACUCCGGUAAAGGGUUAAUGAGAAUGCUGUUGUCUCAUCAACACCACCAUGGACAUGGGAAAAUGUUUCAUGGCCAUCAUCACCACGGAGGGCAUGGUCACUUUGGAGGGCAUGGUCACUUUGGAGGGCAUGGCCACUUUGGAGGGCAUGGCCACUUUGGAGGGCAUGGCCACUGAGGCGGACAUUUCGGCGGGCGGUUCCACCAUGGACAGGGAGGAGCAGGAGGAGAACAUUUUGAGGUGCAUGGUCAUAUUCUUGAUGGUGGACAUCAUCACUAUCUCCAUCAUCCACAUUAGAGGAGCUAUAUAUGGAGAUUUGCGUGGGAAAUAUUUAUCAUGUUGGAGUGAUUGUAGCAGCUAAUAAGAAGCCGACUGUGAUUUCGUUGUAAUGUUUAAUAUUAAGUAUAAACCCUGAUUUUAUAGGGUUUCUGUGUUAAGAAAAGUCGGAAUCAUCUCGUGUAUAUAUAUGUAUGUCUAUAUAUAUAUAUAUAUAUAUACAUAUAUGUAUAGCCUUUUCUGUUUCUGGAUCAGCUAGCCUUUGUUCGCAUUUUAUUGUACUUUGCUGUCAAUGAUCAACUAUACUAGCCUAUCGAAGAUUUUUUUUUUUUC